CUCUACCGCUCGAAUUGACAGCUGACUUAAUUACUUUUUCGAUUGCACAAGGGCAAAAUUUGACGGGGAAUUUAAAAGAAAAAAAUGAGCAGCAUAUUGAAAUUAAAUGCUGGUUUAACCAAGAGUAUACUAAAAAAUGCAUCUCAGGGCAAUGUACCUGCCGGAGCGCUAUCGAGGGCCCUGCACAUUAAAGUAGACAGAAAAAAUGCCAAAGUGAGCGAUAAUGUAUCAAAAGUGUACCCAAUCGUAGACCACACAUAUGAUGCUGUAGUUGUGGGAGCGGGGGGCGCAGGUCUGCGAGCCGCCUUUGGUCUUGUAGCGGAAGGCUUCAAGACGGCUGUCAUAACCAAACUUUUUCCAACCAGAUCUCACACGGUCGCUGCACAGGGUGGUAUCAACGCUGCGUUAGGUAACAUGGAGGAUGACAAUUGGCAGUGGCACAUGUACGACACUGUGAAGGGUUCCGAUUGGCUGGGAGACCAAGAUGCAAUCCACUACAUGACCAGGGAGGCCCCCAAGGCUGUAAUCGAGUUGGAAAAUUAUGGAAUGCCAUUUUCCAGGACUACAGAGGGAAAAAUUUAUCAGAGGGCUUUCGGUGGGCAAUCAUUGAAGUUUGGCAAGGGUGGACAGGCUCAUAGGUGCUGCUGUGUGGCUGAUAGAACCGGUCACAGCCUGCUUCAUACACUUUAUGGUCAAAGUUUAAGGUAUGAUUGUAAUUAUUUUGUCGAAUAUUUUGCCCUUGAUUUGAUCAUGGAAGAAGGUGAAUGCCGUGGGGUUAUUGCCCUAUGCCUUGAGGAUGGAAGUAUACAUAGAUUCAGGUCCAAAAAUACAGUUCUUGCCACUGGCGGGUACGGUCGCGCAUACUUCUCGUGCACAUCUGCGCACACUUGCACCGGAGAUGGCACUGCCAUGGUUGCCAGAGCCAACCUACCAUCUCAGGAUUUAGAGUUCGUACAAUUCCACCCGACAGGUAUCUACGGCGCCGGUUGCCUAAUCACCGAGGGUUGCCGCGGUGAGGGUGGCUACUUGAUCAACUCGGAAGGUGAAAGGUUCAUGGAAAGGUACGCCCCUGUUGCCAAGGAUUUGGCCUCAAGAGACGUCGUUUCCAGAAGUAUGACCAUCGAAAUUAGAGAGGGCAGGGGCUGCGGCCCGGAGAAGGACCACGUGUACCUGCAGCUGCACCACCUGCCGGCCGAGCAGCUUCACCAGAGGCUGCCCGGCAUCUCUGAGACCGCGAUGAUCUUCGCGGGCGUCGACGUGACGCGCGAGCCGAUCCCGGUGCUGCCGACGGUGCACUACAACAUGGGCGGCGUGCCGACCAACUACAAGGGUCAAGUGUUGACCACGGACGCCAAAGGCGAGGACGAGAUCGUGCGCGGGCUGUACGCGUGCGGCGAGGCGUCCUCGUCUUCGGUGCACGGCGCCAACAGGUUGGGCGCCAACUCGCUGCUGGAUCUGGUGGUUUUCGGACGCGCGUGCGCGCACACGAUCGCCGACGAGAACAAGCCCGGCGAGAGUAUCGGCAGCAUUUCGCAGAAUGCCGGUGAAGCCUCGGUCGCCAACUUGGACUGGUGCCGCUUCGCGAACGGGAAAGUGACGACGGCGGAUUUGCGCCUGAAAAUGCAGAAAACCAUGCAGACGCACGCUGCCGUGUUCCGCACCGAGGAAACCCUCAAGGAGGGCGUGGACUUGAUGUCCGGCAUCUACAAGGAGAUGGAGGACAUCAAGGUCUCCGACAGCGGUUUAAUCUGGAACUCGGACCUGGUGGAGACGCUGGAGCUGCAGAACUUGAUGCUCAACGCGUGCCAAACCAUCGUGGCAGCGGAAAACCGUAAAGAGUCGCGCGGGGCUCACGCCAGAGAGGACUUCAAGGUCAGGCUGGACGAGUUCGACUACAGCAAGCCGCUGGAGGGGCAGAAGAAGAAGCCCAUCGCCGAGCACUGGAGGAAGCACACCCUCACCCACAUCGACCCCAAGACCGGGAAGGUCAGUAUUACGUACCGCGACGUCAUCGAUGAGACACUGGACGAGAAGGAGUGCAGCACCGUGCCACCGGCAAUCAGGUCCUACUAAGUAAGAAAAACAUGCACAUAGAACAUUUUUUAAACCGUUACCAGCUUACCUAAAUUAUUUUUUCAAUCGUCAAGUGAUAAAAGAUAUAAAAAGUAUUUUCAACCCUAGCCUAGAUAUAAUUUAUUGAAUUUUAACGUAAGUGUAAAAAUACUAGUAUUUUUAAUGUUUUUCCUCCCUUCAUUGUACUUAUUUUAACGACAGGUCAAUAAACUAUUACAUUUAAGCUACCAUCGUCUUUUAUUUUACCCUAACUCUCAUAACACAAUUUGUUUUAA